UCAGGCAGUUCACCAUCAGUACAGGGGCGUGGUCAUAUUUACAUAUUCAUGAGAACCCACCAGCCAGUAGUUUAAUAAAUCUAUUUAAUGGGGAUGUACUUUUAAAAAGAUUUUUAUUUUAUUUAAAAUCAUUAUAUCUUGUCAAAUUGUACAGUUUCCAAAUAUAACUCUAGAGACUGUUUCUUUCUUUUACAGUAUUUUCAUUUUGCUGUUUUUAUUUCUUUUUGAAAAAACAUCCACAUUUUUACUCAUAUUCUUUAUUCCUUUAUUGUAUUUUCCAAAUUUUGGAAAAUAAUUGUUCAAUUUGACAGUAAACACUGGGAAGUAGUUGGUUAAAUCGUUUUUAAAUAGAUUUCGGUCUGAUUUGUAAUUUAUCUGAAAAAUGUAUAAAAUGUUUAAAUGCAGACACCAGAUUGUUCUCUCUGAGCUGCAAAAAUAUUCCGUCAUAUCCAAUAUACAGGUAAAAAGUGUGUUUUAAUUUUGUGACUCGGGCGCCACCUACAGGCUGAGCUCAGCCUCAUAGUUGCAGAAGGUAAAUUCCUGCAGAUCUCUUCUCUCUUGGCCAUGCUGCACCGUCACACUCAGCUCUUAACCUACUGUCUUUAACACACACACACACACACACACACACACACACAGGCAGGUGGAAGACGUUUGUGUAUUUAAUUAUAAGAAUAAACAGUUAAAUAAUGCUGAAAGAGGGGGAUCAGGAUCUGACUGAGAGUUAAUACACUUUCCAAAUCAGAAUCACUUUCAUUAUUAAAAUAAUUCACAGCACUGUAAUAAACUCAGAUUCUCUCUGUACACAGUCAUUUCUUUAUUUUGAUGUAAACAUAAACAGAAAAAUAACUAAACUCUGAAACACAGCAGAUUUCAAUCCUCCUCUUUCAUUUCUACCUCAUUUAAAGUGCUUGAUUUGUAUUUCUAUAACAUUCAAAUGGCUACAUUUUUAAACACCGCAUAGCCCUGUGUGUGUGUGUGUGUGUGUGUGUGUGUGUGUGUGUGUGUGUGUGUGUGUGUGUGUGUGUGUGUGUGUGUGUGUGUGUGUGAGAAUCUACGCUUCAGUCUGCAGAAGGUGAGAAAGAAAAGAUUAAUGAAGUGAUCCGUUAUAACAUCCGUCUUCUGGUCCUCGGUAUGGAUCUGUCUGAGAUAAGGGGUCGACUGCAGGUGAUCACAGAGGAAAUCACAGCGAGUGAGGGAGAGGAAGAGAAUGAAGAAGCAGAGGAGGACGAGUUUGUGAUGGUGAGAAACAGGAACCUGUCCUCAGACCCCAGUGAACCUCCUGAUGCCUGGUGUAGUGACUGCAGAGUCCCAACACACUCGAAACCCAGAGAACACACACACACUCGGCACAGAGUCGUCUCUCUCAGCAACGCCACUCAGGAGAUCAAGAGUGAACUCAGUAAGUGCAGCAGCAGUCUAGCAGAAAAGAUCACACAGAUGGACAACUUUAUUAGUAACCUGGAGGAGAUCUUCAUCACUGUGGAGGAAAAUUUUGGGCGUCAGGAGCAGAAUCUGGAGCAGCACUAUAACGACGUUCUGCAGUCUCUGUCUCAGCGUUUUAAAGAAAACAGCGCCGCCCUGCUGGAUGAGAAGAAGCUGAAACUGGAGACUCUUUACGGGCAGCUGCUGAACUGUGGUGAUGUGCUGACAGCAAGUAAAGAGCUGAUCGAACAUGCACAAGAACUGCACCGCUGCGAUAACAAACACGCCUUCCUACAGACUGUAAUCCCCGUUAUUAAGAGGAUGGAGGAGUUUCCACAGGAUGAGCUGGAGCUGAAGGUGGGCGUGUCUCUGGACUUCGCCCCGCCUUCUUCUGACUUGACUGAAGUUAAACACAUGAUGGACUCCAUUAAUGCUCUACCAGCUCCCUCAGCCCCGGUGAUGAACCCCCAGGUGGCGAUCUCCGCCUCACCCUCGUCUCUGCGUGUGUGCUGGAGUUUGUUCUCAGACGAUACGGUGGAUUUCUAUGAACUUUACCGCCGUCAGAUCUUUGAGGACAUCAACAUCGAAACCCUGCAGGAUGCCUCAGUGUUGAGAGUGAAGGAGACUCAUUGUGUGGUAAAGGAUCUUCUUCCUAAUUCUCAGUAUGAGUUCUGGGUCACGGCAACAAACACAACAGGAAUUAGUCCAGCCAGUGAGAAAGCUGUUUACAUGACGGUCCCCUCUCCACCUGUGAUUAAAGAGCACGAGUGUGUGAGCUGUUUGGAAGCGGCCCUGAUCCGGUGGGACUCUGGAAACACAAACCCUGUAGAGUCAUACACACUCGAGCUGUAUGAAGAUGGAGAGACGGACAACGCAGUGACUGAGUCGAUUGUUGCGAUCCCCACCUGUGAGUGUGUAGUGCAGCUGCAGCCGUGGAAGCGUUACAUCAUUGCGGUGCGAGCGGUGAACAUCGCCGGUGCCAGUGAAAAAAGCCAACCAAUGAAAAUCUCCACUACAGGUACUUUUUUCCACCUGCUGAAGGAAACAGCUCACCCAAGCCUUUGUGUAUUGGAUGACGGUUUCACCAUCAUUUACCCUGAUAAGGACCUCUCUCUGAGUGACAUGGUGUUCAGUGACACCACCUUCAACAGUUGUGUAGCCGUGCUUGGUGACCUCAUUCCUGUUCGGGGACGUCACUACUGGGAGGUAGAAUUCGAUGAUUGGACAGAAUAUAGAGUGGGCGUGGCCUAUGAGGACACACAGCGCAGCUCAUAUUUGGGUGCAAAUGCUACAUCCUGGUGCAUGAGACACAUUCGCACACCCUCCAGACACAAGUACGAGUUCCUGCAUAACGGCUGGAGUGCAGAUGUUCGCAUCACAGUGCAGCCGCUGUGCGUCGGUGUGUUUUUGGAUUACGACAGUGGCACGCUUUCCUUCUACAACACACACCUGCAGCAGCACCUACACACCUUCAGGUGCUGCUUUACACAAAACGUGCUGCCCUGCUUCGCCCUGGAUAAACCUGGAACCCUGAGAAUACACACCGGGGUUCCUACACCAUCCUACAUCACACACACUCAGGCAUGAAACACACACAUCUAGUGUAACAGAGUCUCUUACCCCAGAAUAUUAUAUUGAUUUCAUGGUGUGUGUGUGUGUGUGUGUGUGUGUGUGUGUGUGUGUGUGUGUUAAAUGAUGUUCACCCCAUUUGUGUCUCUGAAGCCAAAAUAAAAAAAGAUGAAUAACAAGUAAAUGAAAUGCAUUAAACUCAUUAAAGUUCAUGUGAGUCAGACUUCAGCUCCAGGUUCUCUGUCACCCUGAGAAGGUUAAUGAGAGUAAAUCAGUGACGAUGGAGAGAUGAACGAACACACAAAUGAAAGUUUUACAUCAAUCACCUUAAAAAAAAGGUUUAUAUCCAGGAGGUGAUAAUGAGUCCCUUAUUACAAGUGUACAGUCAGAAAUAUUUACUAUGCAUAGAAAUAAACCUGAUAUUUUAUACCUGUUUAAUAAGAUAUAAAAAUACAAAAUUACACAGU